AUGCAAGCCGCUACUUCUGGUUUUCGCUCUCAAAUGCAGCAAGAGCACGACCCAAAUGCUGCUUUUCCGUGGUGGGUGCGCUUUUUAGCUAAAGGACUUGGAGUACUUGGAGGCUUUGUAGCUAUCUUCUUUGCUGUACUUGGCUUGCUUUCGUUCUCAGCAACUUGCAUCAUUGCAGUUCUCCUGCAGUUAGUAUUUGGUUUAUUGACGGUAGCGUUGGAAGCUCCGUUUUGUUGCAUGUUUAUUGACUUUAUUGAAAAAGUGGCUAUGUUUUCUGAAUCACGGAAGUAUUGGCAAAAGGCAGCUCUUUACUGCAUUAUGGGUGUGUUGCCAAUUAUGUUGUGCACCGAACUUAACACAGUGCUCGGUGGUGGAAUGAUCUUUGCUUCGGGAACAGUUUAUGGUCUAAUGGCAUUGGGUAAAAAAGCAGAUUUGUCAUCAAUGAGUGCUCAUAUGGAUCCUGCGUGGAAUGCUAGCGUCAAUCAGCAGCAAACACCAGCAUCUUUCGGCAAUCCGUCGAUAGCUUAG